AUGUACCUUAUUCUCCUUAUUUUUACCAUUUCCCCGCAAAUUAACGCAUAUCAAUUGUGCUCAGAUGUUGGUUACGGCGAUUUGGAAUGCGAAUUCAACUCCAGUUGUCAGUAUGGGCAGAUAGUUAAUGUUAUGUGCAAAUCUUUGAUUCCUUGUCGGAGUGUUUCUAAUGCAUCAGAUUCGGUGCAUUUUCGCCAAACUGUCUGCCGUUAUUGUCACCAGUUGACAAAGAAAUCAGAUUUCUUCUGCAAACCGCCCUCAGGUGAGUGCGCACAACCCGGUGUUGCGCGCAGUUAUUACGUUGCCAAGUGUCAUGCUAAUCCUGCUAUUGUCUGCAUGGGUCGUCGAGAAUUUUUGCGAAUGCUUCCGUGUACUCAAGAUUCAGGCAAGAAUUAUGGCACUACAGUCAUUUUGAGUUUGUUCCUCGGAGGUCUUGGUGCGGAUCGCUUCUACCUCGGUAUGUGGAGAGAGGGUCUUGGAAAGCUCUUUACCUUUGGUGGACUUGGAGUGUGGAGCAUCGUUGAUUUCGUCCUUGUUGUUGUCGGAUAUAUCUGUCCAGCUGAUGACAUGACGUAUUGGAGGAAUAUACCAUCUAUUUGA